AUGUUAUCCAGGAAUCGGUUUGGAGAGUAUGCAGUCAGAGAUCGACACACCAAAAUCGUCAAAAUGAUUAUCUCUUUUUUCAUGCUCCUGGCACGACUGGAUCCAACGAUAGCAAUUUCUGUUAGGAGAUCUCUAAACACGUACCAUCCAAAUUUGGACGCUGAACCAUAUGGAAUCAUUCCUCCAACAUAUCCAUAUGACCCACACCCUCUCUCGACACCUGAAUCAAUCGUUCAAUCGCCUCGACCUAUUCAUUGUAACAAUCAGACAGAAUAUGAAUGUGUAUGUAUGAAACCCUAUUCAUCGCCUCAUUCGCCUGCCCAAACCAUCUUUGCCGCUCCAGAUUGUAGUGUGUUCAUCAAGACGGACGAUCUUCCAGUUGUUGAUAUGCGAAUGCGACAGGUGAACACAGAGGCAAAGUUAUAUACCGGAGAUAGUUAUGAGGAAUAUUUCAAGAGAAGAAUCUCGACGAUCGUUUCGCAUUACUGUCAGCAUAAUGCAAAUGAAUGCCCGGGUGUUUCAUUGCGAAUGAGUCAUGAAAUGCUCCAAAUUUUGAGCGAUCAAGAGGCUGACGAACUAGAUCUAGACAAAUCGGUCGUGUAUGCCGAACGUGAUGAAUCGGAACCACUUUUCACAAAGGACAACGUUGUCAUUCUGAGGAUGGACCAUUUACGAGGCAAUCUCACAAGAUUACUAUUUAUUCUGACGAAAAACGAUAGGAAUAAUGGAAUCAUCAAUGAAGACACUAUUAUCGAUCCUGUCAAGAUCAAAUAUAUAAUUGCAAGCCAAGUGGGGCCAUUGUCUCGAGUUCUUGGAGGCAUCAAAAUCGACAGUGUUCGAACUGCAAAACUGAAACGAAACCCUGCUCUCGGUUCAAUUAGCUACAGUACUCCGGAACAAAGACGGGAAAAUGUGAAGGGCAAUACAAAGUUGAUACUUAUUGUAUCAGGAAUUGUUUCCUUCUUUGGUAUUACAUACUGUAUUGCAAUAUAUCAAUGCAUCAAAUGGUAUCUGAAUAAAAGCAAAGCAGCUAAAGAAGCAACACAAGCCGAACAGAGCCUUGUGGCAGCUGAUACGAAGAACUACGGUACUUGUGAGAUUAAGCAUAGAAAACCAUCAAGGAAUGGACACAUGGUUCAUUCGGAAGAAAGAACUCCAUUGACUUAUGAACAAAUAGAUGAAGUUCCAGAUGAUAACUCUCAGUCUCUGUCUCAGAGACAAAUGCGUAAUUGGUUCAAAUGUGACGCUUCACAACUUCCCAGAGAACCUACAUGCCCAACAAGUCUGGUGGAAUCGUACCAACAAACACCUGCAGCGUCAAACACUACGCCCAAUCCAACAAAUGACUUUAAAGUGAAGGAAGAGUCACCGAUUCUCACAAAAAGUAAAGAUGAAAAAGAAUCGAGGAAACCGGUAUCUCCAAUGCUAUCAUCACAAGCAACAACAAGUUCAGAGGCAGUAUUUCCUCCAUCCAAAGAUUUCUCAGAUUAUGUCGAAGAUCAAUAUCAUAAGAGCAGAGCUUCAUCUAACAGUCCAACAGAAGAAUUACAGAAGUCUCUGAAUGAAGACCCAUGGGAUGAUUUGAACGGAAAAUACGUUCCACCUGUUGUGCUUUUACAAUCGGAUACACCUGAUUUACCAUUGACUAUACAAAACCAUUUGGGAAAACAAAAGUCUGACAAUGAUGAUGUGGCAGUGAAGGGCUUACGAAGUAGUGAAAGUCCAUCAUUUGCCCGUCCAAGAUCUAGGAGAGGAAGCCGAAUAGAUGAAAUGGAAGGGCAGCUAGAUUUAGCUGAACUCAAACCACUACAAACUGAUGACCCUCUUGCUGAACCCAUUGACGCCCCUGUUCCAAUCAACAGCAUUAAAGGAUCAGUCGACGAAGAAGAUCGAUGGUCAUCGAGUGAAGAAGGAGAAGUAGAUGUCUACUACAAAAUGAGUGACGAUGAAGAUGUCACUCGAGAAGAAUUGGAUUGGAAAAAAGCGAUGGCAAAAGCUGAACUUGAAAAAGAAGCAGAAUCUCAAGGUCGAACUCUUCCAGGUUCAGAAAACGUCGAAAUCAACAAAAAGCGAACUGAAACUCCUCCUUCGUCUCCGAUCCAAAUUCAUAUUCAAAACCACUUGAAUCAUAAUAAUGAUUCGGAUUCAGAAGAAGAAGAUGAACCGAUUCCGGAAGAGGCGAAAGACGCCGAAAUCGCAGAGAAAGACGACGACUUUGUUUACGAACGUCUUCGGGAAGAGCUUUCACCUCAACCACCGAUAGUAGUGGAUUUAGAUACAACGGACUUAGACUUGGUACCAAUAAAGUCACUACCACCACCACCGCCAGGAAUGUUUCCUGAUUCUCCACCUGAAUCAGGAUCAGGUUCAAACCAAUUGCAUCAUCAACGGAGUCAAGAAAUGAGUGAAGAUGAAGAUGAUCUUCGAUAA